AUGGAUAGCGUACAGAGUGGCAGCGCCACGCCAAGGGGCGUUGGUGUCAGCACCGCAAGCCACCAGCCAAUCCACUCGCUGCCCCAAGUCGGCGGUGGAUUCCACAACAUGAUGAGCCAGGCGUCCAUGAUGGGGGGGCCUUUCAUACCUGGAAGUUUUCAUGGAAGUGACGGAGCCGCAACACCGAAUGCGAGUUGUGGGCCUUGCUGCUAUGCAGAACCUCCGCUGAUGCACCAGCCAAGCCAUGGCUUGUGGACUUGGAGUCGGGAUGGACGCCUCAAAUUGACAUGCGAACAACCUAUUGUGCCAGUUCCAGUUAUUCAAGAGAUCCACCGCCGUGAUAAAAUAAUUGAAGUGCCUCAAGUAGACGUUGUGGAUGCCGUGAAGCCCAGGGUGUACAACCAGGGAGUAGAACAUGAGGUUCCGAAGAUGCGCAUUGAUGCUCAGCCAGUCAAUAUUGACAUUCCUAAAUAUAAAUAUGUUGAGAGGGAAGUUCUGGUUCCCAUUGUAACAGGGUACACGCACAAGUUUGUUCCCAAAUGGGAGAUCAGGGAAGUGCCCCGCCCUGUAGUAAAAUACGUGGGGGAGCAAGAAACCAUUGAAGUGGAGGUUCCUCAGGUAAAGUUUGUGGACAGGGUGGUUGAAAAGGAAGUUGUGGUUGAUACAAUCGAAAAGAAGGUGCCGAAGAUAAUAGAAGUCCCUAAGUAUGUCGACACGGUCAAGUAUGUCUGGAAGCCCGUAGAGAAGGUUGUGCACGUUGAGAGGUUUGUGCCAAAGUUCGAUGUAUCUCUUGAGUGCCCUGCUCCUCUCAUCGUGCCAUAUCCCGUCCAGAAAGUCACGGAAAUGCCGGCUGUCAUGGUGCGGAAGGCUCCGGCCGAGAUGCAGGAAACAGAGGUGGAGGUCGUGUCCCCGGAUGGGACAGUGCGCGUUCCUGAGGAAUAUAUACGCGAAUACAAAAAAGCAAAGGCUCACGAGGGAGGCUUUCUCUGUCAGACAAUGGAGUGCUGUGGAGCAGACAAGGAAGACGAAGUGCUGUACUCAGAGGGGGAUCUUACAUGGAUGCAACGGGAGGAAGAACAGUCGUCCAGCGGAGAGCGACGCCAGCACUCUGCGGAGGGAUCCAUCGAGAGCGCGCAACCAGGAGCUGUGUUAACGAGACCUCCGAAAGAAGACGCCCGCCAGCGCAGCGGGGAAGCAGACGAAGCCCAGUAG